GCUUUCGCCGCCGCUCGUCUCCGCCAAACUCAAGUCCGCACCUCAUAAUCUACACCAUGCAGCACACCGUUCGAACCACGGCCAGUACCAACAUCUCCAACGUUACUCCUGCUUGUAUGCUCAUAUAUUGAAUGGAUCCAAUGAUCUGCUGCCAUUGAACUGUCUCCCGGGUUCUCUCCGCCGUUACGCGCCGUUACUGCUUGACACGAUGCAUGCAGGUUCUCGGCUUGGGAACGCUCGUCGCGGCUGCUGGCGUCAGCUAUUACUUCGCCCGAAAGUCGAUCAAGGAGCGGAGGAAGGAGCAUGCAGCGCGCGGACAACGUCCUACGGAAAAGCUUGACCGGCGCGCUCGGGUAGCAAUGGAAGAGAAGCAACGUGGAAACCAGGCUACGGCCACAAAGGGAUCGGCAAGCGCUGCAGGAGGUGCAGUCACUACAGCGGCAUCCGACAAACCUACGGCCGGAGGGUUACAGUCUAAAGGCGGAUCAUAACCAUGGCCUUCUCCGUUAUUGCCGUUCGUC